AUGGAAGAUCCAGGGGACGGAGGCCGGUCCCUGCGCUUCCUGGGCCAGCUUAGGGUCAGGGGCCACCAUGGCUGGUCGCAGCUGGGGGCUCGGUCUUCACACAACGAACUAGAAAAGCACAGACGAGCCAAGCUCAGGCUCUACCUGGAGCAGCUGAAGCAGCUGGUGCCCUUGGGCCCCGACAGCACCCGCCAUACCACACUGAGCCUCCUGAAGCGCGCCAAGACGCACAUCAAGAAACUGGAGGAGCAGGACCGCAGGGCGCUGAGCAUCAAGGAGCAGCUGCAGCGACAACACCGCUUCCUGAAGCGGCGCCUGGAGCAGCUGUCGGUGCAGAGCCUGGAGCGCGUGCGCACAGACAGCACAGGCUCCGCUGUCUCCACGGACGACUCGGAGCAAGAAGUGGACGUGGAGGGCAUGGAGUUCGGCCCCGGCGAGCUGGAUAGCGUCGGCAGCAGCAGUGACGUGGAUGACCACUACAGUCUGCACAGGGAGGCGGCUUCUGCCCCGGCAGGAGUGAGGUGUGUGCUGGGUCCUCAGGGGACUGUCUGGUCUCCCUGUUCUAAAGGAAGGGCCUGAAAUAAACGCGGCUCCCUGCCCAGCAGCCCGAGCGGCCGGGAGGGGCUUCCGGGGAGCAGGGCUUGUGGAGAGAAGCGGCCGAGGACUCGGGCGGUGCUGCCGGCGCGCCUCUAUUUCCGGAAUCAGAUUUUUGUACUCUAUUUUCCUAGUCGUGGCGUCCUUGUGUGCUGAGGGGGGGAGCCGGCGUCUCAGGGACUGGUCCGUCUGUCACCACUGUCCAAGUGUGCCUUGUGUCCUGUGUCAGGCCCCACCCCGGCCACCACCACCAGCAUCUCCCUCCCACGUGCCGGCCAGGUGUCCUCCCGCUCCCCACCCCCAGCCCCUCCCAGCAUCCACCGCCUCCAGGGAGGGAGAGCCUGCAGGGCCUGUCAGGGCCUCUUUCUGUCGCCUUGGCAGGAGGAGCUGACCGGGCCCAGUGUCACCCUCCCAGUGGCUCGCAGGGACCUGCUGUGCAGCUCGGCCUCCAGUCGGGAGGGCCUGCUAACCAGAGACCUAGGGUCUCACCUGGACCCAGCUUGAACCCUCCCGCCCCCCUGCCCGGGGCGAGGGCUCCAAUUCUGACCUUGGCAGCUGAUGAAGACAGCGUCCUCCGCGGGUGGUCAGGCCUGAGCAUUAGGCUUCUCCUGGCCUUUCGUUCCAAGUCCUUGUCCCCGGGGACCACACAGCAAUACUCGGGGGGCGGGCGGUGGGGCCGACCCACCGCAUGUCUCCUCCCUCUCUGGUGCAUUGUAACCACUUUGCCAACCGCAUUUGUCUCCAGUCCUGCCGGCAGACACCCAGCGUGGGUGGCCUCACCGAGGCAGAAAGGGGUCCCUGGAGACAUGUCUGUCUGGCACAGAACCUGCCCCCCGAGGCUCGGGAUGGUGGGUGCACGUGGGCCCGUGGGGUCGGGGCUGGGGUCAUAGGAAAACUCUCCUGCUGGCAUCUCCUUCCAGCUGGACCGGGCCCCCCGAGGCUUCUCCCGUCUGCCUGAGCGUGUCCACCGUGCGUUAGGGCAGGAGCACCCGCAAGUCCGGCCCCGGGGACGGUCUGUGUCCUGAAUUCUUAAAGCAUCAGCUCCCCACCCACCCCUAACACCUGUGGAGGCUCUACUCCCGCCUCUGGCCUCAGCAUCCUGCCCCACGACAAGCUGUGGCCCUCGGCCCACCCGACUGGCAGCUCCACCCAUGGCUCCUCGGCCGUGGUGGUUUCCAUGUGGGCCAGGGGGUUGGCCUCGCUGGCCACCCAGGGUGCUGCCCGCACCCGCAGACAUGAGGGGUGGCCCUCAGGGCCAGGCCAGGUGCUAGGAGUUACACAUCCAUUGCCCUCCCUCCAGCUCCCUGCCAUCUGCACAGGCUGGCUUGGUGGGGGGCCAUGGUGCCCGGAGAGGGCCCUGCUGAGGCCUGAUGGAUUGCUAAGAGCACGCCUCAGCCCUGUCGGGUCUCUAAAGCCAACGUGACCAGCACAGGGCCCCUGGGGGUGCCUGCACCCUCUCUCCGUGUGCCCUCCCAGGCCCAUGGGGGCCACUGUGGCACUGGGUGGCUGAAAUCCUGGAACCCCAGCCUCAGGUUUGGGUCCCCACGCUUGUGCAGUGGCCCCCACACUCCUGGCCACCACCCCAGUGUAGGUCCAGCUGGCUGGGGAGGCUGCCGGCAGCUCUCCCUCCGAGCCUGGGGCCCGCCUCUGCAUAUUCCGUUUAAGAGGCCAGUGCCCGAGCCUCCUUUCCUGGGCAGGUGGAGCCCUGUGCCCAACCGUGGCCCCGAGGGCCCCUCCUGUCUGCCCCAGGUAGUCCCCAUCUGCUGGGCGAGGCAGGCUCCCCACUCCCUGCUCCCUGCCUCUCUCUGGGCAGCAAACCUGGCCCCCUCCCCACCUCUGUGCACAUAGGACUCUGAGCCCGGGCCGCAUCCAGGGCACCAGGGCAGGUUCUGUGCCAGGGUCCAGGGCGGCCCAGGAGGCCUGGUGCUGGCCAGGUGGGCACCUUACAAGAUCCUCCCUGGACAGAGAGGGUCACACCCACUGCUCACAGGGAGGGACUGUGCUGUACCAUUCUGUCUUUGUAAUAUAAAUACAGAUUUUUAUACCUCA